AUGCCUUCUUCUGCUCCUUCAGUUAAACCCAUCAAGCCGGUCAACAGCCACAAGCCGGAACAGCCCAUCAGCUACGACAUCAACAUCCCCUAUGUCGAUGUCAACAAGGAACACAAGCUGCGCACCCGGUACCCCGAGUACCUCCCGACCUGGGACAAGGUGUGGUUUGACCCUUUGCCGCCAUUCGAGUAUGAAGACCCGGCUCUCCGCGCAGAUGAGUCCAUGCCCAACCUGCUCAGCGGCACCGCCAGGGAGGAGCACAUCCAGCCGAGAAUCGGCACCUUCCUGCACGGCGUGCAAUUGAACAAGUUGAACGAUACGCAGAAAGACGAGCUCGCCCUGCUCGUCUCGAAGCGUAAGGUCGUCGCGCUUCCGAACCAGGAUUUGAUUGACGAAGGCCCGGCGCGUCAGGAGGAAUUCAUGCGGUACUUCGGCAAGCCUAACUACCAGCCUGUUUCGGGGACGGUUCGCAACCACCCCGGUUUCCACAUCAUUCACCGUGAUGGAAACAAGGAGGAGAUCACGCGGUUCUUGGACCAGCGCACCACGACCACCCUGUGGCAUCAGGAUGUCAGCUACGAAAUCCAGCCCCCGGGCUAUGUCAUGCUCGGAUUGUUGGAGGGUCCUAAUGUUGGCGGUGACACCGUCUUUGCCGGAACCGACCUGGCAUACCAACGUCUCUCUCCCACAUUCACCUCUUUCCUGGACAAGCUGGACGCAACCCACUCCUCGGCCAAGAUGAUCAACCACACCCGCCUGACCGGCGGUCUUGUCCGCAAAGACCCCGUCGACACCGUUCACCCGCUCGUCCGCGUGCACCCCGUGACCGGCGAGAAGUGCCUCUUCUUCAACGGCGAAUUCAUCACCCGCAUCGAGGGCAUGAAAGUGCCCGAGCAGAAAUGGCUGCUUGAUUUCCUCAUGAACCACGUUGCGACUGGCCAUGACUUCCAGGCUCGUGUGCGCUGGCAGCCGAAGACGAUUGUCAUCUUCGACAACCGGUCUACUAUCCACUCCGCUAUUGUCGACUACCUCGACGACGACAACAGCGCCCAACUCCGACAUAUCUUCCGUCUCUGCGCGCUGGGCGAGAGACCCAUGCCCACUCACAGGCCUGACGACCACGACCACGACUCCCACUCCGAGUUCAGCGAAUAA